AUGUCUCCUCAUAGUGAUGCUCCUUCGCCGGCCGGGAGUUUUACACAAGGCUUUCACGGUCUCUCAUCUUUCCGUCCAAUUGCCAACUCGAAUCUACGAGUAUCAAGUAGCAACACCAACAGCAUCUAUUCAGAUUCAGCUUUGAACGAUUCUCAGUACAGCUCCUCCUAUAGCACUACAUCGAUGGAUGCCGACGACCAUCCUCCUCGCCUUUUGAAGGCAGGAGUUUAUGUUCCUACUGUCUGCUUUUUCGACCCGGUCACUGAAGAUCUUGACACCCAAACCAUUGCAACUCACGCUGUUCGACUAGCCAAAGCCGGUGUCACUGGCCUCACCACGCAAGGUUCUAAUGGUGAAGCCGUUCACCUCACUCACUCUGAGCGUCAGACGGUGACUGCCACCACUCGAUCGGCACUGAAUGCAGCUGGAUUCUCCCACAUGCCUAUUCUUGUUGGUUGUGGUACUCAAUCCGUGCGAGAAACAAUUCAAUACUGUCAUGAGGCGAAAGCUUCCGGUGGUGACUUUGCACUUGUUCUCCCUCCAUCCUACUACGCCCCCCUAUUCUCACCUUCGGCUGCAAGUGUGAUUGAAUUCUUCACGGCCGUUGCCGAUCAGUCUCCAAUUCCACUGGUCAUCUACAACUACCCGGGAGCUGUCUCCGGAAUGGAUCUUUCAUCGGACGUCAUUAUCCAGCUUGCAGCACACCCAAAUAUUGUGGGCGUCAAGCUCACUUGUGGGAAUACUGGCAAAUUGAACAGAAUCGUUGCCGCCACGAAAGAUGUGAAGUCAAACUCAGCAUCACGCGAGACCCCACCAUUUUUGGUAUUGGGUGGUAGUGCAGACUUUACUCUUCAAAGCUUGGUUGGCGGAGGUCACGGUAUCCUCGCAGGGUUGGCCAACAUCGCACCAAAGUCAUGCAUCGAACUCGUACGACUAUACAAAGCUGGACAGUUAAAUGAGGCCCAAAAGAUGCAAGAGAUCGUUGCCAGAGGCGAUUGGACCGCGAUUCAGGGAGGAAUCGUGAGCACCAAGGCUGGCAUGGAAAGUUGGCUCGGCUAUGGUGGUUACGCUCGCAGUCCCCUUCCACGACCAACAGCAGACCAGAGUUCGAAAUGGAAAGAAGGAUUCCGAGAGUUGGUUGCUUUGGAAAAGAGCUUGUAG